CGAUGGUUGCGGCCGCAACGCCAGGUAAGGGAGUCGCUCUCCCAGUCGCGCUCGCGGCCGCUAGCCCGGGCCGGCACGAACGCCUCCGACAGGCGAGUCUGCGCGCGAGUGCAGCAGCCGCGGGGCGGUCCCCGCUGUUUAAAGCCUCGGCGGGGCCGCGGUGGUGGCGGCUCCGGCUGCUGCACGCGGGAGGCGGGGCCCGCGGCUCCUCCGCCUCUCAGCCCGCCCACCCGCGAUCCCGCAGUGGCGCGCAGCGGAGACUCUCUCGGUGCCAGGCUCCAGCGCGAUCCAACGCAGGAAUCGCGUCCGGCCAGUCCACGCCGGGCCUCGGGCAGCACGAGCAGCACAGUCCGGGAGCGGUCGGGCGCCGCCUCGUUGUCGUCUCCGGGAAGAUCUCCGCGUCGCUUCCUCCUCUUCCGUCGUCCUCCUCCAACCCCUCCACCUCCCUCCCCCGCCCCGCUCUGCGGCGGAGAGGAACGGGCCCCCCGGCCGCCUCCCUCUCUCCCCGCCCCUGGGACCGCGCGUCAGUGGGCCGGCAGCCCAGGCCACGGCAACUCGGGCUGCGGACGGUGCCCGGCCGGGCCGGCGAAGGGGAGCGCUGCCCCUGCCUCGGCACACGCUUAUUGCUGAUGUUCCAGCGACAGCUGCCACCGCGGUGGUGGCCCCGGAGAGUAUCGCCUGCUCCUUUUUUUGGUUUUUUUUUUUUUUUUUUUUUUUUUUACGUUUCUGAGCUCUCAGUAUUGGACCCAGCCGGCGAGAUCUCGCGAGAUGCUGCAGGACUACCCGGCCGCUUCCCCUGCGGCGCGUGGUACCCGAGGCGAUGCCGGUGCCGCUAACCGCCCUGCUCUCCUGCGGGUGAUGUCUGGGGCUUUCUUCUUGGGCCCGCAGGUGCUUCCGGAGUUGGGGGCAAGGUGCACCCUCCAGCAAGGCCUGGCCUUGCUAGGAGCUCUGGACCGCCGCGAAUCCCCUCACCCACUCCAGGCCUGAGCCUAGAGGGAGGCAGGAUUUCCUCUGGGCUGCCUUUGAGGCGUUUACCCGCCUGGCAGCGUUAGAUUUGCAUAACCAGAUACGAAUUCCAGUGGAGAUGCAGUGGGUGUGUCUGCAUUUCCGAUUACACCAUCAUUUUAAAAGCUGUGAUGUUCGAAGAUUUGGAGUUUUAAAAGCAGUUUUUACUGUCAUUAUUUUGCUGUGUCUUAAUUUGGAAGAUGGAACAACAGCCCAGACUGAGGACAACCAGUGUGUGCGGUGCCCCCUGGCUCUCUUCACAAUGCCUGGCGGGAGGAAAUUGGACUCAGGGAACUGAUGCAAGGGCUGAUAUUCCGGCAACUGCUGUUGCUGUGAGUAAGGAAGUCCCUUGUUUCUGACCCUGGACGCUGAUGUCUUCUGCCACCAUCCUUGACAGUGCACACAGACCUCAGAGAAGUUGCAGGUUCAGUUCCAGGCCACUCCAAUUCAGGUAAUAUGAAGGGUGUUGAGAAUUUGACAGCAUCACCAUAUGUGCUUCAAAUGAUACCACAUUCCUGAUUUUCAGUAACCAGGUCAAAAGGACUCUCCAGACUUCCUCUAGGAGAAGUAUUCUGCUAACUUUAUCUUCAACAUUUGAAAGCCACUGACAAUAACAGAAGACCACUUGCGUUUAAUACAAAAGACGACUCUAUUAGAACAACACCAGGGUUAUCUUGAGGAACCCCAGGACGAGGUAAGAGCUAGAAAUGUUCUCUUGACUUCUGUGGAUGCCUGUGUAUCAGCUCUAUACUUUUGAGUCAUUACCUCCCUCUCAGCCAGCAGUCUUCCCCCUGCUUCACGCUAAAAACAUGGCCACGGGCAGCAACUAAGUUUCUAUGUCAUGGACUCAGCCAACCUGAGAAAAACUAAAUCCGUCUCAAUCCUUUCUCAUCUCCCCACCCCAUUCACCCUUCCAGAUUUUGAGGAUUCACAGAUGCUCACCUUGGCACAAUCACCGUGGGCCAGAGGGUGUUGUUAUUUGAUGAACAUGGUUAUCAGAAGUCACUCAAUAGCCAUAUAAAUGGUGGAGCGGAAACUCUAUAAAUACCACCACAUUCUUAUCAUGCAUCACACUCAUUGUUAUUUGGAGAUAUUCAUUGUAAUAAAUUGGCAUCAUUAAACCUGCAAAGGAAAGUAUUCUUUUUUUAAUAAGAAUAGCUUUUUCUAAGACAGAUAAUUUUGUCUUAUAGUGGGCAGCAGCACCUUCACAUGUUUUUGAGCUAUAUAUCUACAAAAAAGAUACCAUCUUCUACACUCUAGUUUUACUCAAACUGAGAAGUAUCUGUUGUCAGAACCAUAAUAAGAAUAAGAAAAUUCUGGUUUGUGCUUAACAGAUACACAUUACUGUGUAUAAAAUAGAUAAGCAAUAAGGACCUGCUGUAUAGCACAGGGAACUAUAGUAUCUUGUAGUAAUUUAUAGAAAUAGAAAAGAAUCUAAAAAAGAAUAUAUAUGUAUAUGAAUUAUACAUGUAUAAUCAAAUCACUUUGUUCCACGCCUGAAACUAACACAACAUUGUAAAUUAACUCUACUGUAGCUAAUAUAAAAAGAAUCCCAAAAAAAGUAAAAUAAAGUUCUACACUGGAAAAGAUAAAACCUUAAAAUUUAACUCUUCUAGACUUAAAUAUAGAAUCAUGUUUUUACAUAAUGAAUUUUAUGGUUAUUAUAAGGCAAAUACAUCUAGUGUUUAAGAAUAGAACAUUAAUAUUUAUAAAGAAAAACGAUGACCAAGUUAAAGUAAAUCUAAAUUUUCUAUGAACUUUCACUAUGCAGUUAGAAAAAUGUUUCCACAGGAAAAUAAAAUCUUCCAGUCAAGCAUGUUGAAAUAUUUUGGAGAAGAAGGAAAUACUAGGAUAGAAGCCCUCAGGCAAACUAGGUCUUAGAGAAUUUCACCAGUGCUAUGUUUUCUAGAAUAGCCUAUAAUGUUAUAUAAGCCUGGGAUCUCUACAUUUUUGUUACUUCUCUUAUUCUCUACUUUACGUAUUGCUGAGUAACAAAUUAUCUCCGAAUUUAGAAGCUUAAAACAACAAGCAUUUAUUAUCCCACACAGUUUCUGACACUCAGCAGUGCAGGAGGAGCUUAGCUGGGUGGUUCUGGCUUGGGUCUCUCCUGAAGUUGCAGUUAAGCUGUCAGCUGGUGCUGCAGGCAUCUGAAGGCUUGACUGAACUGGGAGAGCUUCUGCUAAGCUCCCGAGUUUGGCUGUUAGCAGGAGGCCUCAUUUCCUCACUGCCAGGUCCUCUCUGCAGGGCUGCUCAUGACACAGCAGUUCAUUUCCCCCAGAGCAAAUUAUCUAAGAAAGUGUUGGUAGGGAUGGGGAAUAUAGAAGGUACGCUGUCUUUUAUGACUUAGCCUUGGAAGUGACAAGCUUCCGCACUUGCCCAGUGUGACUGGCCAGUAGAACGACCUAACCCUAACGUAAUGGGGGAAGGGCUCAACGAAUUCCGGGAAUUGGGAAUCACUGGGGAUCAUCUUGUAGGCCGGCUGCCACAUCCACCAUGCUCAGAUCUUAAAAAUUGCCCUAAUAAUUUGAUUUAUAUUCGCAUCCCUAGAACUCUGCUUCCCUUGUAUUUUUUUUCUUGAUACUCCCAGUAACGCCAAAUCAAUGGUAAUUUUAUUGUUAGUAUGUGGAGACCUACUUUAAAUAUUUCUAAUGUUUAGAGCUUGAAGUUUCUUAUAUUUUUACCAGUGAUCUAAGUUCUGGAAUUAGGCAUAUUAUAUUUAUUUUAUUUUAUUUUAUUUUUAAUUUAUUUUGCUUUUUACGGCCGCACCCAUGGCAUAUGGAGGUUCCCAGGCUAGGGGUCUAAUCGGAGCUACAGCUGCCGUCCUGCAUGAUA